AAAAACCUCACUCGUGUGUUUACUGUUCUAAAAUGUCAAACUGAUAAACUGAUAAACCCUGGGUUUUCUUCAGUAAGUAAAUCAAAUAUGGAAAAAAUGGAAGGAAAAGGGAAAUUGGGAAAUCCGUACGACAUUAAUGGACAGUACUUCAAUCCUGACAUGUUCCUUCAAAAACUGCUUAAGGAAAAUGAUUUGAGGGAAGUAAUUGACAAAGAAGACAUUAUUGUCAAAGACACCCAAAGCUUACAUUCUGACAUGCAGACUUUGGUGUAUGAAAAUUACAAUAAGUUUAUAUCAGCGACUGACACAAUAAGAAAGAUGAAAACUGAUUUUAAACAAAUGGAGGCCGAAAUGGACUCUCUGGGCAAAAACAUGGAUUCGAUAACACUUUUCUCUGGGCAAAUUUCUAACACGCUUCACGAUACAAGGCAACAAAUAGCAAAACUUUCAGCAACCCAUUCCCUCUUGGAAAGGUUGCAGUUUCUCUUCAAACUUCCUAACAAGUUGAAAAUAUUGAUCGAGGAAGGAUCUUAUUCCCAGGCUGUUCAAGAUUAUAUGCAGACCCGGCACGUUCUGGAUCAUUAUGCCCACUUGGAGUCUUUCAGUGGAAUCAGAACGGAUUGUUUGAGCAUUAUCGAUCAACUUAAGGAAAAAUUGCAUGAACAAUUCAAGAGUAAAGAAGCGACACCAAAAGAAUUGACGGAAAGUGUUGAGCUUCUUUUAAAGUUGGACGAGCCUGUACAAAGUCUUUAUUCUCAGUAUUUGGAGCAUGCAGCCUCGAGGCUCCAUGAUAACAUUUUCAUACUGGAAUCUGAAAAUACUGGUGAUGAUUUGGUGGAUUUUGUUAAUAUUGCAAAUAAAGGCUUUCUCUGUGAGCUCUGCCUUGUUGUGACGUCUUAUAAGAAUGUAUUUAUUUCCACCCCAGCUGAUGGUACCAGUCAUGAGGAUGCUGAAGAUGCAGGUCGAAGAUUGAGUGAAUUUAUAUUUGAGCAAAUGGAAAAAUUUUUAGAGUGCAUACGGGCACGUGUUUUUAUCGAACUGGAACGAUCAGACAUUCCUAUUUUAGUUCAGUCUCUAGAUAUAUUCUACUCAAAGCUCUGCUCUGUUACCACCCUUUUUAAUGAUAAUCAAUUUGCUAUGAGGGGUAUACAGUUAAUUAUCGAAGUUGGAGAAAAACAAGCUGUUUCACAGAGAGAAACGCUUGAGGAAAAACUUAACGAGUUGAUCCGCGGCGUGAGGCAGAGUGUGGCCCAAGGACAGACCGACAUUAGUGAACUUUCUACAAAUUUAGUACUGAACAUUGUUGAGAGUGUGAAAGGUGUUUUAGGCCAUUUCACCCUAUUCAUUCAACCAGAACUUUCAUUUGCGAUUGACAAAAAUUUCAUUGCAAAGUUCUCUGCAAAUUCAAUGAGGAAUACGUUGGUUAUAAAUUUCAUCCAUUAUAUUAAUAAAACAGUUAUGGGUUUCACAAAAAACCAAACACCUUCACUUUCUACACUUCUUAUUUUGGCCAGUGUCUGUUUAGAAUUUUCGUCGACACACAUCAAUUAUCUAUUAUGUCUUGUUGACGAGUGGUUUAACACAAAACCGACAGCGCAAACUAACACUCAGAAAGAGGAAUUGUGCAAGGAGAUGCAAACAGAUGCUCAAGAGCUGAUCAAUCAUUAUGUCAAGGUGCAAGGGAACAUCAUAAGCCGUAUGGUUCGUAAGUCAAUUGAGACUCGAGAUUGGGCCACUGGAUCUGAGCCGAGGACAGUGAGGCCGGUCAUGAAGAGAGUGAUGGAAGAGUUAGCUUCAUCUGAUUCAGCUGUUGGUUCUUUGUUUGAGGAGGGGGUUCAGCCAACAGAACCUGGUUCUGGUUCUCGUCACCACCACCAUAGGUCUGUCGGUCCUUCAGUUUGGUCGCCAUCCACUGGCCACAGCUACACCCACAACCUCAACAAGAUAUUUUCAGAUAAGAUAGAAAUAUUCUCUCCCGUCGAACUGACCAAAGUUUCAGUUUUGACUGGUGUUAUCAAAAUUGGUUUAAAAACCUUUUUAGAAUGUGUGCGAUUGAAAACAUUUAGCAAAUACGGACUGCAGCAAAUUCAGAUUGACGUCCAUUACUUGCAACUUUACCUCUGGAGAUAUGUUUCUGAUGAAAAAAUUGUUCAUCUACUUCUUGAUGAGAUCCUGAGCAGUGCUAUUAAUAGAUGUACAAACCCGGUUCUCAUGGAACCAAGUGUAGUCGAAAUCAUUUGCGAAAGGGGUUAAAACCAAGAAUUAAACGUUAACAUUGUUUUUAUAAGACUUUUAUGUAUAUAAUUUCUUCAGUAAAAUUUAUAAUUUAUUUAA